AUGGGUGCACAGGAGUCAUAUAUCAAGUAUGAGGGCCCCCCGGACGUCCUCGAGGCGCGAGACAUACCCUCGCUGGUCAAGUACAUGCAGUCUGACCGGUGCAAGAAUGUAUUUGUUAUGGCUGGUGCUGGCGCAAGCACAUCCGCUGGAAUCCCUGAUUUCAGAUCCCCAGGAACAGGUCUAUAUUCGAACCUUGCGAGGCUCAACCUCCCGUUCCCCGAAGCCGUCUUCGACAUCAGCUUUUUCCGGGAGAACCCUGUCCCCUUCUACACCCUCGCAAAAGAGCUCCUCCCAGGGCACUUCCGCCCCACCAUCACGCACUCUUUCGUGCGCCUCCUUCACGAGCACUCGUUACUCCGCAUGUGCUUCACGCAGAACAUUGACACGCUAGAGCGCCGUGCGGGCGUCCCCGGCCGCCUGCUCAUCGAGGCGCACGGCAGCUUCGCGAACCAGCACUGCAUCAAUUGUCACGUCGCGUUCGACGACGACGAGAUGCGCGAGUGCCUACUGACGGGCAAAAUCGCGCACUGCGACGUCUGCGGCGGGCUCAUCAAACCCGACAUCGUUUUCUUCGGAGAAGCGCUCCCGGACUCCUUCCACGCGUCAAUCCCGAAGCUCCGGACUGCGGACCUGCUCUUCGUAAUCGGGACCUCGCUGACCGUGCAGCCGUUCGCGUCUCUCGCCACAAUGAUUCCCGAUUCAUGCCCGCGAGUACUUGUGAACCUCGACUCCGUUGGAGACUUCGGGAGCAGGCCGGACGACGUGCUCUGUCUCGGCAAGUGCGACGACGUUGUGCGGGACAUCGCGCGGGGGCUCGGAUGGGAACGCGAACUCGAGAAGCUCUGGGAUGAGACCGCCGCAAGUGUCGAGUACCCGCCGGAGAAGCCCGCGGUAGCACCCGCCGCAGUGCCGGAGGAGAAAGAGGAGAAGGAACUUGAGAAGGAGAUCGAGGAGAUCACGACCAAGAUCGAGCACGUUUUGAACACUCAGGAGGAGGAAAAGGCACUAGAGAGAGAGAAGUCGGAGGCGCUGUCCACUGGUGAGAAAGAGCCUGUCAUCGCAGAUAAGAUGCGUUCGAACACAGGCGUCAGCAGCGAGACGCUUGCAGUGGAGUCCAAGGCCGUGCCUGCAGCGAAGGCCAAACCCGAGGCUGCGGUGCAAACAAAAGCUGAGCCUGCAGCGGAAGCAAAGGCAGGGUCUGCCGUGGAAGAAAGGUUUCGCCCUACUGUGGAGGCCGAGGUUAAACCUGUAGAGGUGGAGUCGGAGCCAGCAGUCGAGGCGAAGUUUAACCUUACACGCGCAGAGAAGGUUGAACCAGAAUAUGAGCCUGCGGAAGAGGACACCAAGCUGGUUAUAGAACCGCACGCCAAGCUGGUCGUGGAGCCCAAGGCUGGACCCUUGGCGGAAGGUGAGGUAGAGCCUGCGGUGCAGGUGAAGAUUGUCAAUGAGCCUGUAGUGGAGUUGGUGGCUGAGCACACUGCCCACAAGGCAGAUUCCGCACUUGUUGCGCAAGAGGAGUCUUUACCUGUCGUAGAUAACGAGGCGGGUGCGGGUGCGGAAUCAGAGAUGGGGCUCAAGGAGAAGUACUAG